GUGGCCGGACUGUAAAAAUGGCUCCCUCCCCAUAAUCUUACCCUCCCCAUAAUCUCUGCUCCUGGGGGUCUGCGAGUCCCUGAGCUACUGCUGUCACUGGCUGCAUGAGUGGAUCCAGAAGUUCCCAUUCUCCUCUGUGUGUGUGUGUGUGUGAUUUAACUUGCUGAAGGCGGUUGGCUGUGGGUGGGAAUGUACAUUGGAUUUCAAAAGGCGCCUGUAUGAUCAUGUACUGAAAGGUGGGAUUUAAUUAGCCAGCGCUUGCGAAAGUAUCUUUGCUAGAGAAGGAGCAAUAUGUUGCCAGCAACAAAAGAAAAUGCGACCAGACGUGAAAAUCAGCUGCUAGAGCACAGGAUUGAAGGGUAAAGAAUACAUUUGUAAAGCGUGCUGGCCCUUGGAAUUGCAGAGGCCGGCAGCCGGUGGAGGAGACAGGAGCCGUGUCUCACCAUGGAGCAGUAUGUGCUGCUGGAUCCCCGGCAGAGGGCCCUGUACAGGGAUGUCAUGCAGGAGAGCUACGAAACCCUGAUGGCCCUCGAAUUUCCAAUUUCCAAGCCUGACCUGCUGUCCCGGCUGGACCGAGGGGAUGAGCCGACAGCCCUGGAUCUCCACAUGCCCAGAGGUGGCCGGGCAGCAGCGGAUGGCACAGCCAGUGGGAAAGAGGAGGAGAAACCCCAGCAAGCGAGCCCGGAGGAGCCAGCCUUGGAAAAAGCCGACGGCGCUGGGAAGGCUCCCCAAAGCCCCGAGGCGGGGGAGAAGCCACCAGCUAACAGCGGGGAGAGCCCCAACACCUGCGCCGAGUGCGGCAAGACCUUCAGUCACAAGUCGGCGUUGGCCAAGCACCAGAAGAUCCACACGGGCGAGCGGCCCCACGAAUGCCCCGACUGCGGCAAGACCUUCAUCCAGCGUUCGGACCUGACGAUCCACCGGCGGGUGCACACUGGGGAGCGCCCCUACGCUUGCCCCGACUGCGGGCGCCGCUUCAGUGUCAGCUCAUCCCUGCUGACCCACCAGCGCACCCACGCGCCGGGCGGCGAGAAGCCCAACCGCUGCCCGCAGUGCGGCAAGAGCUUCGCCGACCCCAACGCUCUGACCCGGCACCAGAAGAGCCAUCUGGGCGGCAAGCCGUACGAGUGCGGCGUCUGCGGCAAGGCCUUCGCCUGGAGCUCCCACCUGGAGCGGCACCAGCGCAUCCACACGGGAGAGAAGCCCUUUCAGUGCGGGGAGUGCGGGCGGGCCUUUGCCUGGAGCUCCCACCUGGAUCGCCACAUGCGCACCCACGCAGCGGCCGUGGAGGAGGAGGAGGCCGAGGAGGAAGCCCCGCCCCCGCCUCAGAGAUGUGCCGACUGCGGUAAGCGCCUCAACCACCAGACGGACCCGCAGCGCUUCAAGCACAAGGGGACGCAGACCCAGGAUGGCGGUGGGGUGGGAGACGGGCCCGGCCAGGUCGAGGAGAGUGGCCCCGAGCGCCCCCACCGCUGCCAACAGUGCGGCAAAUGCUUUAGCCAGAGCUCGAACCUGCUCAAACACCAGCGCGUGCACACGGGCGAGCGCCCCUACGCCUGCCCGGACUGCGGGCGCCGCUUCCGCUGGGGAUCGGCCCUGGCCAAACACCGGCGUACCCAUGCCCGGGAAAGGCCUGCCGAGGACCCAGAGCCGGCCCGUGAGACUGGCGCUGCCGGCAAGCCAUACCCGUGCGGGGCCUGCGGGAAGAGCUUUGGCUGGAUCUCGCACCUGGAGCGUCACCGGCGCAUCCACACAGGAGAAAAGCCCUAUCGGUGCGGGGAGUGCGGACGGGCCUUCGCUGUCAGCUCCCACCUGGAGCGGCACCGGCGCAUCCACACCGGCGAGCGGCCCUACCGCUGCAGCGACUGCGGCAAGAGCUUUGCCGUCAGCUCCACCCUGCUGGCUCACCGGCGCACCCACGCCGUCCGGGAAGGGAGGCCUCACCAGUGCCCUGACUGUGGCAAAGGUUUCACCGCUGCCGCAGCCCUGGAGCGGCACCGCCGGCUGCACCGGGGUGAGAAGCCUUACCAAUGCGGCGUCUGUGGCAAAGGCUUUGCCUGGAGCUCACACUACGACCGGCACCGGCUCACUCACACCGGAGAAAAGCCCUUCCCCUGUGCCCACUGUGGCAAGCGCUUCGGCCGCAGCUCCCACCGCAACCGGCACCAGCGGGCCCACGCCCAGGCCGGCGCAGAGAAACGGCAUGUCUGUCCCGACUGCGGCAAAGCCUUCAGCCUCAGUGCGGCACUGGCGGCCCACCAGAGACUCCACACCGCCGGCACCAACAGCCCACUCUCUCUGCUGCCGCCCGCCUGGUGGGAGGCCGAGAGGAGGACCGGGACAACCACGCCACCACCCGGGGCCUGGGCUGAGGAUCCUGCCACCCACUUCCAAUGCCCUGUCCCCUCGUCCUCCCCCCAGGCCUGGGCGACCAAGUCUCUCUCAGCUCCUGGCGCAUGGAGACCAGGGGAAGGGGAGGCCAGUGCUGCUGCCCCUCCAGAGAGCUGGGCCCAGCAACCUCCUCCCAGCAACUAACAUGGCUAAGCAGGGUGUGUGGGGGGAGGGGGAACCCCUGUCUUUGGAGAGAGGGAAACACCCCCUGCCCUGGAGGUGGCUGGGUGGGGGACUGGCAUGUUCUCCCCCCAGCCAGGGGAUUCUUUGUGGGUGGGGGGUGGGGGUGGCAGUUUCCCCCCUCACACUGGCAGCAUUAUUCAAUGCUGAUGUAGGAAAAUGGGCCUUGAGCCGCCUAGUAGCUGAGAUCCCUUUCUCCCCCUCCCCCCUGCCCUGAAUGCCAUAGGGCCAGGGGGUUCCCCCCACCCAACCCAUACCCAGGCGGAAAUGAGAGCUAGAAGGGAAGGGGGUAGAGGGCUGGGUCUG